AUGGAUGGUGCUCACCCCGUCAUAAUAAUCGGCGCUGGGCCGGCCGGCCUCGCCACCGCCGCCUGCCUCUCCGUCCGAUCCAUCCCCUACCUCAUCCUCGAACGGGAGGACUGCAUCGCUUCCUUAUGGCGCCACCGCACGUACAGCCGCCUGAAACUCCACCUCGACAAACGCUUCUGCCAACUCCCUCACAUGCCUCCCCCCGCCGACUCACCGACGUACAUGCCCAGGGACAGGUUCAUUAGGUACCUGGACGACUACGCGGCUAAGUUCGACGUCGUGCCGGAGUUCGGGUCGGACGUGGAGUCGGCGGUUUUCAGGGAAGGGGAUGGGAAGUGGGUGGUGAAGGUGAGGAGGGUGGAGAAUGGAGAGGAGAGAGAGUACGUGGGAAGAUAUUUGGUGGCUGCCACGGGGGAGAACGCGGAGCCAAACGUGCCGAAGAUUGAAGGGAUUGAAGGUUUUACUGGAGAGUUGAUUCAUUCGGCGGAUUAUAAGAACGGGACUAAGUACGAAGGUAAGAGAGUUCUGGUUGUUGGUAGCGGGAAUUCGGGCAUGGAGAUAGCUUACGAUCUUUCCAGCCACGGCGCCGUCACCUCCAUUUGUGUGAGAGGCGAGGUUCAGGUGAUGAGCAAAGAGAUGAUUAAUUUUGGAAUGCAUCUUUUGAAGUACAAUAUGCCACUGACUAUUGUUGAUUCGUUUUUAAUUUUGCUUAGCAACAUCAAGUAUGGAGAUUUAUCCAAGUUUGGGAUUAAAAAACCAAAGGAUGGGCCAUUUUUCCUCAAGGCCACUGUGGGAAGAUCUCCUGUUAUAGAUGUCGGGACCAUUCACAAAAUCAAGAAAGGUGAAAUUCAGGUUUUACCAGCACUUUCAUUUAUAGAAGGCGAUUGGGUGAAAUUCACCAACGGAGAAUCGCACUACUUUGAUACAAUAUUGUUUGCCACCGGAUAUAAAAGCUUAGCAAACAAAUGGCUUAAGGACGAGAAGAACUUCCUGAAUGAAAAAGGACUUCCUGCUCGAAAAUUUCCUGAUCACUGGAAAGGAGAGAAUGGAAUUUACAGUGCAGGAUUGUCUCGCCGAGGACUAGAAGGAAUAGCUAGUGAUGCUCGGCUUAUAUCAAAUGAUAUUGAUAGUACUCUAAAGUCUGAGAGAUCCAUGACAAAGCCUAGUUGUUAG